UUUUUCUCAUUUCAAUCCAUAUUCGUUUAGCUAUGAACUGUAUCACAAUAAAGUGUUUCUAAUUUACCGAAUUUAUUUCAAACGAAUCGAAAAAGUUGAGUAUUGACAAUUCGUCCGACACUAGUACCGUAUUCCGCAUCCGUAACCGGUCAUUUUGCAAUAGAAAAAUUGAAUAAGAAAAAAAAUGCCGGCGAUUAAAUAGUGCAAUGUGGUGAUCAAUGUAUUACUUGUUGGUGUUGUUUGAGUUUGUCCGAAAUAAUUUUAUCAAUUCAUCCUUUGUGCAAUUUGUUGCGUUUUGUAUCAACAGGACAAGAAAAAUCGUUGGAAGUAUUUGGAAAAUGGAUACCACUAAAACAUCAAACAUAACCUCAACGACAAUAACAUUCAAACCUGACGACAACAAACAUUGUUUCGAAACAAAUCGUGCAAAGAAUGUCGUUGUGGUUGGUAGUUGUGUCGGUACUCACGAUCACGGAUCGUCAAAAAUUAAAUUAACGAACAUUGUCGACUACAAAUGGAAAGAGAAGAACUAUUCCGGCCGCCUCAUUGCUGUUCAUCUAAAUGGACGUCACGUUGCCUAUGCUAUCAAAGUCAACAACAAAGAUGGUGUUGGCGAGGGCAUGGUACGUGUUUUCAACUCGGUGACCAACAGUCGUGAAUUGAUCAAAGGAAUGUCGAAUGAAGUUCUUGAUCUGCAAUUUGCUCACAUGAAAUCCAUCGUACUGCUCGGAAGCAUCGAACAGACCGCCUUGCAUGUGCACAAAAUUGACGACACGCCAGAGAAGGUUCUCUGCACGCUGAUGGUUAAAAUCGAAGAUCCGAUAGCAGGACAUGUGCCGCUUUAUGACAAAAUAAAGUGGUGUCCGUUUGUGCCGGAAGGAGAGGAUGAGGUGGACGAGUAUGUGGGACAACAGCUCGUAUGGUUCCGCGGUAGCGUUUAUCAGUGCUACAGCAUCAAAUCGGUUGUUGAUGCGUACGGGAUUGGACAACAACUAUCCAAAAAUGUGAUCGAAGGCAGUUUGAAGCAAAAGGAAAGUGCAGUUAUCACAGGCGCAACAUUUUCGCCAGAUGGUUCGACGUUAAGUGUUAGCUGCCAGAACGGUGUCAUUCGAUUCUAUCAGAUCUACUUUCACACUAACGAGCAAAAUCCCAGAUGUCUACACAAAUGGAUUCCACACGGCGGUAAAUCCAUUACCAGCGUAUUUUUCCUCGACGACCAUACUACCGCCAAUCCAGAUAAGUCCCUGUGGAAGUAUGCUGUAACGACAAGUGAUAACAACACCGAACUGAAGGUGUGGUGCUGUUCCACAUGGGAAUGCCUGCAAACCGUUAAUUUUAAAUCGCCAAUACCCGACAGAGAACUAAUUUUCCAAGCGGAAAUCGAUCACAAGUCAUCGUAUCUGGUAAUGUCCGAUAUCAAGAGUCGCAGUCUCUACGUACUUCAAAUCGAGAAACCUAACGUUCAGAGCAUCAAUACAACGACAACGUCGGCCAAUACCAGCGAAAUGAGCAUAGAGCUGGAGAAAACAGAUAAUCGAACUACGCCCAGCGCUUAUAUCAAAUCGAUCUCCGAAUUUCCACUAUCGUCCCCAAUAUUGAGCUUUGGUAUAGUUGACGCCGAGGUGCGUCGCUAUAAGCCCAAUUACAACGACAACUAUCUGUUGGACGAUAUGGAAGAGUAUGACGAAGAAAACAAUUCUCUGUACUGUGUGGUCAUUCGAAUGUAUCUGGUUCAGCCGAAAAGCGUCCAGGAAUGUCGUGUUCUGUAUCAGCCAACCGUAUCGAUCCAUGCAGAUGUCGCUAGUACGUUGUCGGGAAGUUACAAAGAGUCUUCGGUGGAAUUACCCGCCGAAAUUAAUGUGUUGGACAAAAUCAAUAACGGCAGCUCGAAGCCGUCGACGGAAAAUGCCGUCAAAAUCGUAAACCUCACAUCCCCCAAAUCGAAUAAAUCCGACAAUAUUCCACAAACCAACAGCAUUAGUCUGAUGACUCCCGAUUCAUUCAACUCACCGGGAAAACUUACUCCGGAGGGUGUCAGCCUCGAAGUACUGUCAACCAUUCGUAUGUUGGCUAAAGUUCAAUCGCCGCCUGAUGCUAAGAAGAAGGCAGAGACGUUGAAUAUCUUGAAUUUGGUGAACAAUAAGGCACUGGAAGAACAUGAAUUGAAAGUGUCCAAAUCUGCUGAACUCAACAAACAAAUCAUAGUCGCAUCGACUUCGCCAAUCAUAUCGGGCGGAUCCAGUCCGAGUAGAGAGGUUCAGGAAAUUCUGUCGGUGAAAGAAGAUUCGGAGAAUAUUUUGAAUGACGAAUUUUACGACGACAACAAUGACCUGUUGGACGAAAACGAUGCCGAUUCGGUGGAAAAGCUUGACGACGCUGAGCCAUAUUUCAAUCAGAUGAAUGAUGGACAAGAGAAGACACUAUCAGUCAACAGCAAAACCGAUUGGCCGAAAAUACCGAAAAUUCCACAAGUUCCUGUGAUGUCAAAUAUUCCCAAUACAAAUACAUUCAACAAUGUAAACAGCAAUACCCCAUUAAACGACAUGGCUUACAAAUUGGACCAGGUCUUAGAAUUUAUGCAGACACAGGCCUGCCAAAUAUCCGAGCUGCGUAACGCUAUUGAAAUGAAGAACAAUGCAGACGAUAACAAAUUGAAGACGAUAUCGAAGAAUAUCGAAUUCAGUGUGACGAAAACCAUUGAAGAUUAUUUAAUUCGACACGAAAGAGAACAUAAGAAGAAAUUGGAAGCGUUUAUUGCUGAACGUGACAAACAAAAUCGCGACCUUCGCGAUGCUAUUCUACACUCUGUGGCUCAGUUUAUUACUAGCCAAAUAACUGAUCGACUGACGAGUGUUAUGAUGAGUGAGAUUCCACGGCACGUCCUUCCAGUCAUACAUAAUCAUUUAGAGAAAAUGAAGGUGCAAAUAUUGACUGACGUUGGCCAGAAAUUGAGAAGUUGUGACCAAGUUAUCAAGGAGAGCAUCAUGAAUGUGACAUCCAGCAAGGCAUCCAUGGAAACAUUUGGAAAUGCUGUGGUUGUAGGGAUUCAAGGGGGUCUGCAGAAGACUUACAUAGACACAUUGAAAACGACCAUUAUUCCGUCUUAUGAAAGAACGACAGAGGAGCUAUUCCGACAAAUUCAGUCGAUUUUCUUGCAAGGAACUAAAUCCUAUACAAAACAAUUCGACGCAUACAUGUCGCAGUAUCAACCAUUGCACGAUGAAACGUCGUCGAUGCUCUUGUCUGUACCGGAACAACUGAAAAGUGCAGGCGAAGCUUCCAUAGCCACUUGCACCAAUCGAAUUCAAACUGAUAUUUCAAAAGAUCUGAAGGCACUUCAAGUGAAUUUGGUGAAAACUGUCAGAGACAGUGUGAAAAAGGAGAUUCAAAAAGGAUUUGAGAGUCAUGCGAAUUCCAUCAAUGAAUCCGUUUUGUCGGCAGCUCACUCACAAGCACACACUCCAGCGCCAACAUUGUACGACGUCCAGGAGCAAAUCAAACAGCAUUUGGCCCAAGGUCAGAUUAACACAGCUUUCCAUCAUGCACUCGUUGCGAACGAUUUAAAUUUGGUGGAAUUCACAUUGGAAAAGGCUGACUACAAGCAAGUAUUUAACCCGUGUCCGUUGCAACAGCCCGUGCUGCUGUCAUUGAUUCAGCAAAUUUCGGCCGAUAUGACCAACCACAAUGACUUGAAGCAGAGAUAUUUGAGUGAUGCAAUCGUUAGUUUAGAUAUACAUGACGCAACCACCCGAGAACAUGCACCGAAAAUAACGCGGGAAUUGUAUCAGCAUUGCCAGAAUUUCAUAAGCGCAAAUCCGCACAGUCCACUUGUCGGAGGUGUGAAAAUGCUUAUGAUGGCUGUGCAGGGCAUAAAAAGUGCCUGAUACAGGUGGUAAAUUGGAUGAAGAAAAGAAGAAAGAUUGUUUUUUGUUUGAUUAAUAUUAAAACUCAUUUGAUUCGGUCAGCGAUGACUCAUUAAUGGCAUUUUGAAAUGUCAGACUUUUUUUCGAAAAAUAUAUUUUUACUUUCAUUACUAAGAGCUGGAGAGUUUACUUGAUAGAAAAUAUUCCAGAAAAUUCAACGUCAAUUGUUUCAAUUUUUUUUUCUGUUCACAAUUUGAAUAAACGCUAAAUUAGCAAAACAAA